AUGGUACGAGCCAUUUCGCUUCUCGUGACGCGCACGAAUAUGACCCUCGCUGAAACGAUUCGUCUCUGGCGAGGCCAGUCCGCGUCAUCGCCCACACCAAAUAAAGCGCUGGUCCACGAUCACUUCCCGUGGCUACUUCACGAGUACGAGCACGUCAACCUGCUCAUACGUACAGCCACACAGGGUGUGAAGCACGUCUUUCAAGUUGAUGGCACUCAACAAACCUGCCCCGUACCAAACCACAAGUCUGCGGCAGUCAUGCGCAACGCGCUAAUCAGAAGCAUCCGAGAUGGACAGAGAAGCGGUGCGUGCCUCGUUGUAUCGCGAGACGCGGCAUCGCGGUGGCGCCUGCAUUACAGUCCAUUUGGUUGUGUCGAGAAGACCGACGCCGAUCUAACAGUCGAAGCGAGAGUAAUUCACGAUUUAUCGUUUCCGCUGGGCCACUCGACAAAUGCUUGGUCCGACCAACACAGCAUACCCACGCUCGUGUACGAACUUGUCGACAUCAUCGCGCACAGAAUCAUCGCACUACGGAAAGCCAACCCAACGCUGAUAAUCAAGAUUAUGAAAGGCGAUGUGAAAUCUGCGUAUAAAAACCUACACGUUCACGAAGAUGUCAGCGCCUUCUUCGCCGGCUCGUUACCUGACGAAGAUGUCACGAUCAUCGAUCUCGCACUACCUUUCGGCUGGACAGGCUCCGCAGCCCACUAUGGUGUGUUUGGAACAGCCAUAUCUCACAUUGUGCGUCGCGAGAGCCCGAACACACUCGAUCCGACCAAUCCUGACACUACCCCGUUCUUUUGUUUCGACUGGGUAGACGAUCACGUGUUGGUGGAGUACGAGACCCAUGAUCGCCUCCAAGCCUGUGACAGCGCGCUUCGGCUAGCCAUGACGGCGGUGCUAGGCCCAAGAGCUAUCAACAACAAGAAGUUCACCGAGUGGUCGACGAACGUAGUGACCCUAGGUCCGGAAUGGGACUCCGUCGCUAUGACGGUAUCAAUGCCCGUAUCCAAACUUCAAAAAGCUCUGGGGAGAGUCGAAGCUGUUCUAGUCUCAUCUCAGACGACGCGGACUGCGCUAGCGAAGCUACUGGGAAGUCUACGGCAUGUCUGCUCCUGCAUCCGCCCGGCUAAACCGUUCUUCCAACAGUUAGUGGCACUAUGGAAACGCUCACCAAGGGUACGACCGAUUAGCCUCACUCUAGAAGCACGUCUCGUUCUCGCCUGGUUCGCCCAUAUUCUUCGAUUUGGACGUCUACGCGGGGUACCUCUCGAGUAUUUUUGUGGAUUACCUGCUCCGGCGGUACACUUGUACAUGGAUGCUAGCGAUAGCGGACUGUGCGUUCUGAAUCCCGUACGACACGAAUUCAUCCGCCUACAAUUUGACACCGUCGAGCAAGCCCUCAUCAAGCAACGUCGGCUGAGUAUAAACGUACGUGAACAAUUCAGCGCACUAGUAGCAGUACUGUGCUGGGGCAAGCACUGGCGAUCCUCGAGCCGCACCACAUUGACACACGUACGAUUCUGGAUAGACAACGCCGCCGCAGUGACGUGGUACAACAAGCUAACCAGCACGAAUCCGUUAUCACAAGAGAUGAACCGAAUUUUUGGAGCAGUCGAAGCCGAAUGGAGCAU